AUGAAGAAUAUGUCUCUGCUAUAUGCGCACGAGUGGACUCAGACACUAUGCGUCACAGAUCAGACACCGGAGUCAUACAAGAGCAGUAGAGCCGGCAGCAUCCCCGUUUAUUGUCCAGACGAGGAUGAAGUGCAGGACAGGCCAAUCACCAGCUUGGUGCCAAACACGACAGAAUAUGAACUACGUGGGUGGUGCUUGGCGGAACUGCAAUGGUCGAGUCUUCGAACUUCAGAAGUAUAUCGGAACCCGCUGCAUGCCAGCAGCGCCUUGCCAAACCAACAUUUGUGGGCGCGCCGGUCCCCAAUGGCACCCUACAAGUUUCGCAGUGAGCUGGCCAAGAAGGAGAUCAAGUUCACACAUAGGUCCGAUUUCACGCCUCUGAUCCAAGCACAGCAGACGGCAUUCCACGACAAGGUCUCACAAUGUGAGACUCGGAUUCUGGGAUCUUCCGGCCGCCGAGAUGGAGAUUCUUGGAGAGGCUGUGUACUUCUUCCCGAAAGUACACACUCUGAAGCUGGAACGGUGUGCCGCCAAUGUGGAGGGAUUCAUUCGAAAUCUUUCGUUUAG